ACGUCAAAAAAAGCGAAGCUUGUGAUUUGAUUAGUUAGGUAUUUGUUCUAUUAUUUUUAUAAAAUCUCGACUCAAUCACAGCAGUAAUCUCAUUGUUUAGGUUAAGAUAUGAGUGGUGACAUAUAAUAUUAGGCCACAUAUGAGUGUUUUUUCAGUAACGUGAAUUAAGAGUAAUAUUUUUGUGUGCGUUGUUUAGCUGACGAUCUGUCAUGUACUUAUAUUGGAGGUUUCUUAAAUAGACCUUUGAUGUCGGGGCUGUGUAUAAAAAUAACAUUGGAUUGUCGCGACCGUUCGGGCGGUGGUGCCUAAUCCCGCCUGCGCCCCUUUCACGAUGGCUUCUAAGAAUAUAUUGUUUAUAUCUUUCAUAGUUUUGGGCAUGCAUGGGACAAUGAUCAAAGCAGUACAUGCUGCUCCGCCAUCGGAUGAAAAUUUACCACCUCGGCCUAAAGAGGGUGGAGUCGAAACACGUUACUGCGAGUUUUUCAACAACAGUAUACCACCGCCAUGUUACAGCACGCAAAAUACAACAUGUCCCCCAAGAACUGUUGUAAUGGAACAAUGUAUGCCGAUAGAGACGGACAAAAGUAACCAUUGCUUCGUUGUGUGGCAAUUUGACAACAUAACAAACAAGGCAACAGUUAAAGUUAAAGGGUGCUUCCUAGACACCGUCGCGUGUAACGACAGGGCUUCCAAUUGUAGACUUCAUAAUAUGAAACUUCCUCUACUUCAUUGCUGUUGCGAAGGGGACAUGUGCAAUGAAAAUGCAACAUUUCCGGGACUAGAAGCUGGAAUGUCAGCACCGACUGAACUACCUCCAGAACGCAUCCCAGCCUCCCCUCUACCGACUUCCGAGGAUGACACGAAAGCCGUUAUAGCAUACACAUUGACACCCCUGUUUCUACUGUUUGCUAUUUUAGUGGGAUGUUACCUAUUGUAUAGGAAACGUAAAGGGAGCUCAUUCGCCGAACUGGGAAGCGCUGAAGCCUCAUUGUCGAGACCACCUUCUGCUGGGGCGGGGAUGGAGAACGAAACGGGUGGCCUGCUGAGUCAAGUGACACUGUGCGAAGUACGAGCUCGUGGCAGAUUUGGCGCAGUCUGGAGAGCGAAACUCGGACAACGAGACGUAGCAGUUAAAGUGUUUCCGUUACAAGAUAAACAAUCGUGGCUGGCGGAGCAGGAAAUAUACAGAUUGCCCCGCAUGGACCACCCAGAUAUACUGCACUACAUAGGUGUUGAUAAAAUGGGAGAUAAUUUGCAAGCCGAAUAUUGGCUCAUCACCGCCUAUCAUGAAAAGGGAUCUUUAUGCGAUUACCUGAAAGGUCACACCUUGACGUGGGCUGAAGCUUGGCGCGUGGCAGCAUCGGUUGCGCGUGGUCUCGCUCAUUUACACGAGGAAGAUGGUGGGAAACCAGCCAUAGCACACCGAGAUUUCAAAUCAAAGAAUGUUUUACUCAAGUCAGACUUGAGUGCGUGUAUAGCCGACUUCGGGCUGGCGUUGGUGUUUGUGGCGGGCCACGGCUGCGGGGACGCGCACGGACAAGUGGGCACGAGGCGGUACAUGGCGCCCGAAGUGCUGGACGGCGCUAUCAAUUUCACAAAAGAUGCUUUCCUGAGAAUAGAUAUGUAUGCGUGUGCGCUCGUUCUGUGGGAAAUCUCCUCGCGAUGCAACGAUGGAAACAUAGAACCCACAGCGCAGUAUCGACUUCCUUUAGAAGAAGAAGUAGGCUCGCAUCCGGGCCUCGAAGAAAUGCAGGAAGCUGUGGUUCAGAGAAAACUAAGGCCGCACAUACCACCCCAGUGGCGUGACCAUCCAGGUCUAUCGGUCAUCUGCGAUACAAUGGAAGAGUGCUGGGACCACGACGCAGAGGCUCGUCUCUCAGCCUCAUGCGUCCUGGAGCGCAUCGCAGCACAGCGUCCCCCCACUGUCCCCACCACUCUCACCCCCGACACAACCCCCCUCCUAAUCCACGAGCUCAACGACCAGAACACCUGCUGACCACUGGCCGAGGACUUACCACUGAUACAGCUCUGAUGCGUUGACCGGUCGAGUUGCUAAAGUAAGCAUACAGUGAUUUUUUUUCAAACUUCGUAUUGAUGAUUGAUGAGUGACUGUUAUCGAUUUUGUUGUGUUACGUCAUCAUCAGUCCCGUGUCGUUGUUAAUGGAUGUUUAUGUAAUGUGUGCAUAUUCUGGAUGAAAAAACAAUUGAAUAACUAUUAAUAAGGUCAUAUAUUUUUUAUUAAUGAAUUGUCAGAACGAAAACUGGACUUAUAUAUAAUCUUUUUUUUACUAUUUAUAUGUCUCAGAUGAGUUUGUGACUCGAAAUAUAAUUUUUGUACGAAAUAAUGAAUUAUAUAUAAACACUGUACAAAUUUUAAAACAAAGUUAAGAUUUCCACUCACUCUAAUUGUUUAUAAAUAUUAAAUACAUAAUUUAUUUUGUAUUUUUUUAAAAAUAUUUGUUUGUUACUUUAAUAUUUAUCAUACCAAUCAUUAUGACAAAUGUAUUCCUUCCAGUGUUGCCAUUUUAUGAGCACUUUUUUAAUAGCUAAUCAAUUUCAGUUAGUAAAGUUAUUAUUAAUAUUUCUAAGGAAAGCGUUAAUAAUGAAACAAAUAACUGCUGUAGUAACGUUUGAUUACUCGAUAUAUUUUAAUUUGGGGCCAAUUGUUUAGUAUUUGGCAACACUGCUUAGACACUAUUGUUUAAAUACUCAGCACGGCCGAUCAGAGAGCUAAACCGGUUUUGCAAUAAUUUCUAUUAAAAUAGUAAAAUAACUAAUUGCAUCGAUCAAUGCAUGUUUAGGUGUAGACUAUUUGAAUGUCUAUUGAGAAUAAUGAUAAAAUUUAACUCAAAUUUUAAUAAAUAAUAUCUAAGUGUAAAGGAUUUGUUCCCAACUGUCAUAUCAGUCCAUAUGACAUAAAGUAAGUACUAACAUAAGCUCGAUUGGAAUGUAAGUUAUGAAAUAGCGUUAAAUUUUAAAUAUUUGGCGUAUCUUUAUCAGAUAGUAUACAGUUGGUAACCCUAGCCUAGUCCAAUCACAGGCGGAGUAAAGACAAAUAACAAUUUUGUCGUUUAAUUCAAGCGAUAUCAUUGGUCGAGAUCCUGAAUAAUAUUUUGCGGCAAAGCUGUUAUUGGAAUUGAAGUAGUAAAAUUAAAGUGGAUUUAUAUUCGCUGUGUGGUUGAGCGAAAUAAUUUUGUAUUAUAAAUAAAUAUAUAUUAAUCAAGAACAUUGUUGUGUACAUAGCUGAUCUAUUUGCAAAUAGUAUGAAAUAUUAAAAUUUAUAGUUUGUUUAUCUUUACUCCUUCUUCAAUUGGAAUAUGCUAUGCAUGCAACCGUUAUUAAAGUUUAUGUACGAACAAUACUACAUACAAGUGUUUCUAAAUAAUAAAUUUAAUAUCUCUCGAUACAAAUAAUAUUUUUGUUAGAUUUAUAAAGCACUAACUAAAAUUUGUGGAUUGCUUGUAUCAAAAUCAUGACACCGAGGAAAUAGGAUACAUAUUAGGAACAAAGUCUAUGAAACAAAUGAAGCUAUUUUUUCAAACUUUGGACAUUCCGUCUCAAAGUUUCAUGUUUAGCCAUAUUUUAUGUCAGUAAAAUUUUAAUAGUUAUGUAAAUAUUUUUUUUUUUUUUUGCAAAAUUUCUUUUUUAGUAUGGAAAUUAUGCAUUUAUUUUUUUUUAAACGUAGGUUUAUAAUAUUAUCACGUGAGUACAAUACACAAUAAGGCGAUAUAAUGCGAUUAAUUGACACUCGCAAUUGCGCAUACGCUUAUUUGAUUAUUAUGGAAUUUUAUAUUCCACGAACUAUAUACAUUUAAUUUUCGUGGCCAUAUUUUUUAUCAUUAUUUUUUUUGUAAAAAUAUUAUUUAAUAUAAGACAUUUAAUAUUGUUUAUAUUUAAAAAAAACGUAUAUUAGCUUAUUAUUUAGAUAAUAUUUAUAAUUUAAUCAGGUUUCGAUAUAAGUAUAUCCAUCCAAAAUUAGACUGUUUUACGAAAUAUAUAUAAAACAUAUCUUGCCUCACAGUAAGCCCCUUCAUAGCAAGACUGUUCAUUUAUAUUGGCUUAAGUUUUGUUAGCUCGUUAAUCUCAGUUAAAUAGAAUACGAAAUGUAACUGAGAUGCUUAGUAAAAAUUAAUAUUAUGUAUAGGUAACUUGUUAGGCCAUUUUUAAAGUUUAUUAGCGAACAUCGAAAAUUUAGUAUAAUUUAUGCGUAUUGUAUAAGAUGUUUGUAAUUAAAGUUUAAAAAAGUAAAUAAAAAGUGGCACCUAUAGCUCUGUUCAAUUUUUUUUUAUCAAGAACAUUAUAUCGUCUUUCCUAUAUUUUCUAAAUUAUUAUGUUUAUUGUAAAAAAUAUAAAUACACAUUUCUUGAACCGAAGACAGUUUUGUUCUUGUGACUGUCCAAAACUUAUGGACGCUUUCGCGCUUCGAUUACAAACACCUUAUCGAAUUUUCAUCAGCCUUAUAUAGCAAUAUUUAGCGAAUCGUUCUUUUAUAAAUAAUAUUGGUAUCAGAUAAUAUCAGCUACAAAUGCCAGUUUUCUUUUUAUUUCUAUCGAAUAUCAUUUAGAAGAUUGAAAAGAUGAAAUGACGAAAAACGAAUGACGAAAGACGAAGGUCGAAUUUGAGAGACAGGUUUUUCGAGGUGUCGGCGACGUGUACGGAGUAGCAUGCACUCUUUUUUAAUAUAAAAUAUUGCACUGUCAAAAAUUAUCAAAAUGGCGGGACAAGAAAGGACUUUAAAUGCCAAAUUUCGAAAUGCAGUAUUCAACGUAUCGUUUCGCCCAAUCAUUUAUAAAUUUAAGAAACUUUAAUGGAUCGUGCGUUGUGGAAGUUUCUCGAAAGAAAUGUAAUUGUAUCAUAAACUGAUUGUGAUUUUAUAUGCAUAUUGUGCUAAAUAUCAAUAGGAAAUACGGUUUGAUUUCCUACGCCGAGCAUAUCACCACACAUAGACUAAGCGAGUUGCCAAAUGUACAUAGUUUACUUUAAGAUUAUCUCUGGAUGUCAUUGUAACGUUGUGGACACAUGCAAGAUAAUUUAAUAAUUGAUUGAUGUGACCUAAUUUUAUUGAUAUUUAUCUACUAAACAGAUCAAUAGUUUUUGACAAAUUGUCACAGGCUCUAAGACGUCAUUGGAAAGCUAAUAUGGCGGACGUUAUCUGUCAGUGUUAAAAAGCUAUACUUCAAUUGGCUUAGAUUGUUCGUAUAAUGAUAUCACUAUGUUUGAUCAAAUAUUUAGUAUAUUUGCAAGUUAACAUCACAAACACCUCAUCCACAAAUAAAUAAAAUAUACCGUAUCGGUGUAAUGCUACUGAUCGAACCAAUUGUGGACGGAGAAAAAAAUAUAUUAUUUAACACUUUUGAUAUGCAACUAAAACCCAAGCAGUGCAAGAAGACGCGCAUUUGCUAUUUGCGUUACUUGCAAUUUUUAUGCAAAUAAAGCGAAUAUAAUCGAAUAGAUUAUCUCUUUCCUGUGCAGUUUACGGUCAAAUAAUACGAAUAUUCGAACACGCUACGCCAAAUGGCGCGCCGCCAUAAGCUUUAUGACAGUCUUGUAACUAUUGCUCGGGUACUAUAAUCAAGAAACGUUGCGUUUUUGCAUAGUAUAAUUGUCUAUGAGGCGUAAUUUAGAAGCUACCAUUGAUCUGCUAUUUUUGAUCAGAAGGCUGCAAAUAAAAAUAGAGAAAUAGAAGAGAAGAUGACAUAACGUAUCAACAAAUAAUUUUAAACGUCAAAUGACAAUGUAACGUACUUGUCAUAUGUAAUCGUAUUUUGAAUAUAGUAACCGGACUCCAAUAGUAAUACGUAUUACCAAAACAGUACUUAUUAUUUUGUAAAUUUCUAUUGUUUAUAUAUGUAUAAUUUCCGUAUUGUCGCGAUAUAUUAUAUUAAAAUGUCAUUAAAUAAAAUAAUCGUAUAAAAGAUAUGUUAUAAUAAUAAAAUCUUUACAUUAUUUAUUAUAAUUUUGUAAUAAUAUUGUUAUUGUUGAAUCUGUUAUGUUGAAGUUGCAGCUUUAAAGCGUUUAUGUAAAUCGUGUCCACAGCUUUAGUAUAAUUAUUGUAAGAUAAGCUAGAAGAAAUUUAGAUUCGUAUAGCGUAGGUACUUUUAGAUGUUUUAUGAGAUUCUUUGAUCAUAGUCGAUUUCAGAGUGUCGUGGCGUCAACGAUGUUUAUCAUUUAUUUUUUAUUUUUAAUUAACAAAUAUAAAUGUCUGUUGGAACUUGAUGUACUAAAAUAUAUUUUCUAGACAUA